CAACAGUAAUAUCUAAUUAUAGAUUCUUGAGGUGUAAAACAGGAGGCAUGAGAGGAAGCAGCAUUUUUCUGUUGGGAUUUUGUAUAUCUUUGUGUGGUGUGUUGAGGAUAAAUGAUGCUUCUUCACAACCAACAGAUGAAGACAUUGCCCAUUUCUGCAUCCAAUGGAUGAUGCCACGAUUGGACGAAUACUUCGCCCAUGUUCGAGAUUUUAUCCUGAAGUUCAUCGACCGUCGUCCCGAAGGCAGCCGCAUCCAGCUGAAUGUUGUCACCGACUACAACUACAAUAUACUCAGCUUCACAAAGUCUGACUCCAGAGAGAUAUGGACCAAUGAGCUCUUGGAACAGAAGCCUGGCAAUUUUGUGUACAGCCAGAAUGGAACAGUCUCAUCUGCUUUUCUCAACAAAAACCUGAAGGACUGCUUCGACCCUUACCAAGACUUGGCGCAAAUAUCGGUACUCAUAGGACCUUCUAACACGAUGGGGGCGCAGGACUUUGAGAAAUGGACGUUCAAAAGUUACGUGAUUCAAACGGAUGAGUCACCAUCCAAAUAUUAUUUGGUAUCCUUGGCAACCAACCAUGACCACGUGUUGUUUGUAUCGGAGAGAGAAAAGCUGGAAAGGAUGAUAGCCGAAGAUAGCAAACGUAAAUGCAACACUGACAAGUACUGGCGCUCUGACUUUGAUACAUGUGAAAGCUGUGAAAACAAGUGUGGCAGCGCAUCUCUCACUUGUGAAAACCAUGACCUGGACGUAGAAUGCAAGUACCAUCUAGAAUACUUGAGGAGUUUGCAAUCGUCAACGCCUAGUUCAACAACUGGUGGUCCACGCACGACCAGACCUGUUGCCCCAGAGCCGCAGCCAACAACCAACUCAGAUGACAGUAGCACCGAUAGGGUGUAUAUUGCGUUGGGUCUUCUUACACUGGGUGGUCUUGCUGGUGUCGGCUUUUUAUUCUGGAAGUUUAAUUUCUGGCAAUGGAUAAAGAAGACAAGGGAGAGAAGGGAGGAAUCGGUUGACGUUGAGAUGGCGCAAAUUGAUAGGAGGCCAAACGUAGCUAGGGACAAUGACAAUCACUUGCUGCCAGAUAACCAUCCAGUGAGGGACACCCAGCCACAUGAUGAUAGACACUCACGUGAGGUUAGGCCACAUGUGGAGGUUCAGGGAGAGGAGGCGGACCCACUCAUGAUGAACGUAUGCGACGCUACUAGAGCUGACGCUGUACACGAUAGGCGUUUCGAGGAAAUCCGCCCAUCAGCAUCCAUUCAACCCUCAUAGACACCUCGUCGACCAUUCUAGGACAUGCGCACAAAGUCCACAAACCAUCUCCACCAUUACAGGACAUCCAUUCUACCCUGCACGCAAUCUCUACGACUGGUGGCUAACAUGUGACAUCACUUUCAUCAUACAACUAGAAAGUUAGCUCAAAGCGUAUAGUAUUUUUUAUGUAGAAUAUGCCAUGAAUGUUUUCGGAGGUUUUUGUAAUAUUUAAGACACAUUUUAUCUAUAUAUGGUAGAACUUUCCAUUUUAAAAUAUAUUUCAAGUUUUCUAUAUUAUAUAUGUUAACAAGAUCUAGUUGCCUGCACGUGAGUGGUCAUGAGAAUAUUUACUUGUAUCAUUUGGCAUAAUAUACAUCUCAUUCUGUACAUAUUCAAUGAAUUUACCAUUUAAAUUAAUACGCACAUUCUGGCAAUAAUGUUGAAAAUGAAUAUGAACAAGUAAUAAUGAAUAAUGAAUUAUUUGAUUUGAUUGAAAUCAAUGCCCCUUUGAUAAAAUUUGUUUUUAGAUGUACUUUACAUCCUGUAUUAUUGCUUUUAACUCUUUUGGACAUACUGAUUUAUUACUUGUUUCAAAAUAUCUCCGAAUACCUCAGGAAAAUGGAACUAUUCGUCAUUAUUCUUUUGAAUCUCUUCAUACGAAUGGUUAUCAUCGGUAAUUUGUCUUUUUGUCAAUUACUAAAAAGUCAAUUAAAGUGGGCCAUUAUUAUUUUCAGUCAUUAUGUACAUCUAACCAAUGAUAGGUUCCAGUGGAUUUCGAUGUAUUUUUGUAUAUUUUUGUUAAUGGCAAGCUAGAGCAAUUUAAAGAUCUCAAACUUUGGAACAUAUAUGCAACAUAAGCUCUUAUCGAGAGAUAUUUCAUUUUGCUGAUAUUGACGUUCAGUUAUAUAAAUUCAUAUAAGGUAAAUUCUGAUCGAACCAUUUUCACAAAAGUCACACAUGUUAGAAAAAUAUAUAUAUAUUUUAAUGGUUUUUUUUUUUUUUUAAAUUGAUUUACAAUAUGUUUUAAUAUAAAUUGUGAUGUAAAUACUGUUCCAUUUGAAUGUGAGUUGCGCUAGAAAUCGCUGCUACAUAGGAAGAUGUUGAAUUAAUAACUCUACAUACUUCAUGUUAUAUUCGUGUUGAUUGAAACAAAUUCAACGUUUUAGAUUUAGACCGUGCAUACAUGGAGUUUAGAUUUUAUGAUUUUGAAUGUGCAUGUCGAAACAUAUGUAUACGUAAGAAUAUGUCAUUCUUAUCAUGUUAAUCAAGCGAACACCACGGUUGUUUUGAAGACAUUUGUAACUUUGUAAAUAAAAGGCUUUAUUAGUUCAUUAAAAUCACCGAGAAAGCUGAUAUGGGAAAAUACUUUCGUGGAAAGAUAAUAACUAAAAAAAUAAUAGAAUAAAAAUUUGUCUACUUCAGAAUGUAACAAGCAACCAUUUGCUCAUUGAUAGUAUAUAAAAUAUAUGUAAUAGAAGUGCCCAUAUACAUAUUAUGCAUGAUCUUUCGAAGACAUGGUGUCGUAGCUUUCAAAGCGAAAGUUGCAUUUGCCACAACUGUUAACAUCAAGCGUCUGACGUGAUAGGCCAUUUAGUCAAUUUAGUCAAUGAGUGUACUAGGGAAUAAGUUAUUGUGUGAAGUUUUUGUCUUCCAUACAGAUAUUGUUUCUUAACUGAACUGAGGCAAAUGAGAGAACCAAUUCAUCAUUUAUUUGGAUAUGAGGCAUAUGGACUGUGUUAUUGUUUGUUAUCGUUUUAAUUGAUAAAACUGUUUACCAUAUUUUUAACGAAAACACGCAUGCGCAUUCUGUUUGUUACAUCUAUAUGGUUGUUAUACAUCGACAAAUGUUAAGUCUUGUGAAUCAUGUCACAUUAUUUUGAAUAUUCAUUUGUUGAAUCAUAAACUGAUGGUAGAAUUUGUACAUAGUUAUAUUAAAAUUAUUCAAAUAUAUUCCAUAUGAUGUGUAAUUCAUUCAUCUGAAUUGUGUAUAUUAAGUUGUGUACAUAUACUAAAUUUGUACAUAUUGCAUAUCUUGGUUAAAGCUGCACUCUCACAGAUUUACCGUUUAAACAACUUUUUUUUGUCUUGGAAAGAGCAAAUUGUUUGCGUAAAUAUCUGCCAACCAAUGAUAAAAGCUUGCUGACAAAAAAUCAGAUCGUAGAUUUUCAUAUUUCCGUUCGAAAAUUAUUGUUUUAUGGCUUAAACAGUUGCUAACGGUUUAAAGGUGCACUCUCACAGAUUUACCGUUUUCACAACUUUUUUUUUUUUGCCUUGGAUAGCGCAAAUUUUUGCGUAAAUAUAUGCAAACCAAUGACAAAAGAUUGCUGACAAAAGAUCACAUCGCAGAUUUUCCUACUUUCGUUCGAAAAUUAAUGAUCUAUGGCUUAAACCGUUACUAACGUUUUAAGAACAAUGCAUAAAACAUCAAUUUUUGAACUUAAGUAUAAAAAUCUGAUAUAUAAUUUUUUGUCAUUAGUCUUAUAUAACUGGUUUUCAUGCACUUUCGCAAAAAUUAGCUCGUUCCAAGAAAAAAAAAUAAAAAAAAAUUGUCAAAACGUUCAAUCUGUGAUAGAGUGCAGCUUUAAAAAAAUGCAUAAAACAUCAGUUUUUGAACUUAAAUAUAAAAAUCUUUGAUUUGAUUUUUUGUCAGCAGUCUUAUAUAACUGGUUCCCAUGGAUUUUCGUAAAAACUGGCUCGUUCCAAGACAAACUGUAAAAAAGUUGUCAAAACGUUCAAUCUGUGAGAGUGCAGCUUUAUAGGGACUUGUUCAUGUUUUGGACAAAAAAAAUAGUUUUCCCGGUAGUGCAUCUGAAAACACUUAUUUCAUCGUUAUUUUGCUCUAUGAUAUCAAAAUUGCAGAUAAAAAAAUAAGGUGUAGAAAGUAUUUUGGUUUUAGUAGGGUUAAGUUAAGAAAAAAAUGUAAAAAAACAACAACGCCUUAGUCAUUAGACCAACAUGAUUUAUACAAAUAUCUUGUAUAUUUUACAUUUUAAUGUUAUAAUGUCAAUCAACCAAUCACUCAACAACAUAUCCGUACCUAAGUGACCAUGAGGAUGAUAAGCGUUAUUAUUUUUCGAAUAUCCAAUCAACCGCUGGGGGAAAACUCCCCGUUUUGGCUUUAUUGCUUUUUAUUUAAGUCACACUUGAGGAUCUGACGAGGUCAAGUCAUAGCGGCGACAGCAUUCUACGGGAAUACCAAUGUUAUGUUUUUGUUUUUCAGUUCAUUUAUACUCGCAGUCGGGGCCAGGUCCAUUCUGCGAGUGCCCCUAUACUAUUGUUAGUCAUACUAGGAUGUUUGGAGGAAAGUACACAGACGGUAUGUAGCCCUGGUUAGAGCUACCCUGGUUCUUUAUCGUAUAGUGUAUAGCAUCGUCAUACGGGACCCCAAUUAAACGUUCCUCAUGCUGUCCGAAUUUACGUGCCUUAAGUUCUUUGUGGCCUUGCACACCCAUCGUCGUGUCGUCUUGGUGUCCUGGUUCUAUUCGUAAAUGAGACUAUUUUUGAUGCAAAGUAUCAAAGACGCCGCGAAUGUUUUGAAACUUGACUAAAUGGAAGCAGAUGCAGUUCACCAGCAUAGCAAGUUUGAGGAACCUGGAUACAAGCAUUCUUCGGUUAUUGAACGAAUUCGGACUUUCAACUUAAGGUCAACACGACCUUGACUCUUGAUCAACUGACGUCAAAAUAGCUAGGGUGCUGGUCAUGUUUAAGGGACACCUACCAAGUUCGAGGUCUCUAUGCCUAAGCGUUUCAAUUAUUAAUAGAUAUCUGCGUAUUUUCAUCUUACGGUCACAACGACCUUCACCUUUGACCCACUGUCCUCUAAAGCAAUAGGGUUCAUCUGCUGGUUAUGACCAACCUGCCUACGAAGUUUGAGGACCUUGUGUCAUAGUGUUCUUAUAUUGAUCGGAAACCGAUUUUCAGCUGAAGGUAAUCUUAAGGCCUUCGAAGUAUGCUCUUCGCUCCCAGGCCUUUUCUGCCCAUCCCAGGGGUAAGAAUGUCUGACCCAUCCACAUGAUAUUUUUAAUCCCAAUUUCAACAAAAAAAUCCAAAUCACGGUAAUGCCGCAAUUUCCCGUCAACACUUUGCAAUUGUGAGUUCUGUCCAAUGCCUUUGUAGAAUCUAUCCGAAAAAGUCCUGACAAUGUUGUGUACAGCUCAGAAAAAUGCUCGAUUUUCAGUUAUGAUUAUAUUAUGAUUUUCAGAAAAUACCUUUAUUUAAAAAUCAGCAACAGAAUAUUGGUGACUCUGAAUUAUUUAGAAAUUAAGAUAUUUCGUUUUACGAUCGUGUGAUACAAAUAAAACCAUUGAAAAAUGUUCAUAUGAAAAACAAAAGCAACUAAAAGAAAUUGCGUUUUUUGGUAUCUUUUUUGAGUAUUUUGUCACUCAUUUAAAUAUAAUAUACACAAGUAUAUAAGUUUUAUCUAAGGAAACAUUCUUAAAUUUAAUUUGAAUACACUGAUAAAUCGCGUUUGAAUGGCAUAUUUUGGGUUAAAUAUCCAACGGAUUUAACCAACGUCGGUCCACUUAAACCAUUUUUUUUUUAUACUUCAAUUGCAUUUUUUUCUGCAAUUCCGGUAUCAAAGAGUUACGGAAUGCCGUAAGGGCCAUCGUCUGUGCAUGUGUUGAUCUGAAACGCCAUACUCGAAAGUACGA